AUGCUGAAACUCGUUUGUCUUCUGGCGCUCGUCGCGUCGGCUUCGGCGCUCGUCGGCCGCACCCAAUCGGCCGGCGUUCGCGGCAAACUCAUCUGCGACGGCAAACCCGCCGGCGGUGUCACCGUCAAACUCUACGACGAUGAUCGCGGUCUCGACGCCGACGAUCUGAUGGCCGCCGGCAAAACCAACGGCAACGGCGAGUUUCUGCUGAGCGGCCACGAGGACGAGAUGACGCCGAUCGAUCCGAAGCUCAACAUCUACCACGAUUGCAACGAUGGGAUCAAGCCCUGCCAACGCAAGUUCACCAUCAAAAUUCCGGACAGCUACAUCAGUUCGGGCAAAGUCGCCAAGAAGAUCUAUGACGCCGGCGUCAUUCAGCUCGCCGGAUCGUUCCCAGGAGAAAGCCGAGACUGCAUUCACUAG